AUGGACAGAAUACAAUCCAGUGUGAAUUUCAGUCAGCUGGAGCCAAGCCGUAACACCAGCCCUGAACGUGCUCGGAUGCUGCGGAAGUUUGAAUCUGGGUCAAAUCCAAACACAGCUCUUCUUUUUUUUUGUUAUAUCCACAGGUUGUUCGGUGUCACUUCUCUUACUCAGACAAACUGCUCAAGCACUUGGAUGAUCAUCAAAAAUCAGGAGUUACAUUGGUAUCACCAUGCUAAUCCAAUCUUACUCCUGGUGAUGUACUACACCCUCGCAACUCUUAUCCGUCUCUGGCUGCAGGAGCCCGUUCAGAUGCCUGACGAAGAGAAAUCUGUUAGCAGGGAAGAUGACAAAGAAAUAGCCUGCAGCCCAAUUCCAAUGACAGCAGAGAGAAGACGCAGUCUGUGGUACGCAAGCCACUAUACAACUGAUGAGAGAAAACUUCUGUCAGUGACCCAAGAUGAAUACAAGCCAUCGGAUGUGUUGCUGGUGACAGUGAACGGGAGCCCCGCUGACUAUCACACCAUCCACCCCACACUACCAUUAGAAAAUGGUCCGGCCAAAGCAGACAUGUACUCAACACCACAGUACAAAUGGGAGCCUUCGGAUGACAUGUCAGAAAAGGAAGAGGAGGAGGAGGGAGAAGAAGAGGAAAUUACUCAGGAGGAAAAAGAAAAUGUUAAAUUACAUGCCCUUGUCUCUGUGUUCCAGUUUAUCAUGAAACAAAGUUACAUUUGUGCUCUGAUAGCUAUGAUGGCGUGGAGUAUCACGUAUCACAGCUGGUUGACCUUUGUGUUACUGAUCUGGUCUUGUACAUUGUGGAUGAUUCGGGACAGAAGGAAAUACGCCAUGAUCAGUUCACCAUUCAUGGUUUUCUAUGGAAAUCUACUGCUAACAUUGCAGUAUAUAUGGAGUAUUGAGCUCAAGAAUGAUGAGCUUCCUCAAGUAUCUGGUUUUUUAGAAAGAAAGGAACCUGGGGAGUUGGCAUCAAAGAUUCUUUUCACAAUUACUUUCUGGCUACUGCUUAGGCAACACCUCACUGAACAGAAAGCACUUCACCUAAAAGAAGCUACUUUAUCUGAGGUCAAAGUUGGAAGUGAAGAAAAUGAAGAAGAAGAAGAGGAGUUGCGAGAGGGAGAAGUGGCAGAAGAACAGGAGGAGGAGAAGAGAGAGGAGGAGGAAGAGGAUGAUGAGGAUGAACAGGAUAUUAUGAAAGUCCUGGGGAAGCUGGUGAUGGCUAUGUUCAUCAAGUACUGGAUUUACGUCUGUGGGGGCAUGUUCUUCUUUGUCAGCUUUGAGGGUAGAAUUGUCAUGUACAAAAUCAUCUAUAUGGUACUGUUUCUCUUCUGUGUGGCCCUCUAUCAGGUGCACUAUGAAUGGUGGAGAAGGAUUUUAAAGUACUUUUGGAUGUCAGUGGUUGUUUACACAAUGUUGGUACUUAUCUUCAUCUAUACAUACCAAUUUGAGUCAUUCCCUGGGUUGUGGAAGAACAUGACAGGCCUGGAUGAAAACAAACUAGCAGACCUCGGCUUAAAACGGUUUUCUGUGGCUGAGCUAUUCACACGCAUCUUUAUCCCCACCUCCUUUCUACUGGCAUGUAUCUUACACCUUCACUAUUUCCAUGACCGGUUUCUCCAGCUCACUGAUUUAAAAGCUGUAACCAGCAAACAGGACAACACUAUUUACAGACUGGUGCACCAAGAUGGAAGCCUGCCUGACAUAACUAUGAUGAAUUUAACAGCCAGCAGAGAAAAGGAAGAGGAUAAAAUGCUGGAAGAAGCUGGUGAGAAAAGAAUGGAACAACCAGAGGGGGAGGGGGGGAAAAGGAGGGUUGAAAAAGGAAAAGAAGAAGAAAAGGAAGAUGAGGACAAGGAAGGUGAUGAUGAUGAAGACAAUGAGUCAGAGGAAGAAGAAACUACAGACCUAAGGAACAAGUGGCACCUGGUGAUUGACCGCCUAACUGUGCUGUUCUUGAAAUUCCUGGAGUAUUUUCAUAAGAUGCAAGUCUUCGUGUGGUGGCUGUUGGAGCUGCACAUCAUCAAAAUCGUUUCCUCAUACAUCAUCUGGGUCACAGUGAAAGAGGUGUCUCUGUUUAACUUUGUGUUUUUAAUUGCCUGGGCUCUUGCUUUGCCAUAUGCUCAGUUUCGCCCAUUGGCAUCAAGUAUCUGCACUGUUUGGACAUGUGUGAUUAUUGUCUGCAAAAUGUUGUACCAGCUCACAUCUAUUGAUCCCAGCACUUUUUCCAGUAACUGUACAUUGCCAGGAGAGAAUGAAACUAAGGUCAACUUAGAAGAACUCAAAACCUCAGUCCUCUACAGUGGGCCAGUUGAUCCUGCAGAGUGGGUUGGAUUGAGGAAGUCUUAUCCCCUGCUUGUGUACUUAAGGAAUAACUUACUGAUGCUGGCUAUUCUGGCUUUUGAAGUUACAAUCUACCGUCAUCAAGAGUACUACAGAUGUCGAAAUAACCUUACCGCACCUGUGACUAAAACCAUUUUCCAUGAUAUUACAAGAGCGCAUCUGGAUGAUGGACUGGUAAACUGUGUCAAGUAUUUCAUAAACUAUUUCUUCUACAAAUUUGGUUUGGAGACCUGUUUUCUUCUAUCAGUGAAUGUAAUUGGUCAACGAAUGGAUUUUUAUGCUAUGAUUCAUGCCUUCUGGCUGAUUGCUGUAUUGUAUCGACGUAGAAGAAAAGCUAUUGCAGAGAUCUGGCCAAAAUACUGCUGUUUUCUGGCAUGCAUCAUUACAUUCCAGUACUUCCUUUGCAUUGGCAUCCCACCUGCUCCUUGUAAAGACUAUCCAUGGAGAAGUGGUAAUGCCAACUUCAACUCCAACAUCAUAAAGUGGUUAUACUUUCCAGACUUCAUUGUGAGGCCAAACCCUGUCUUCCUUGUCUAUGAUUUCAUGUUGCUACUGUGUGCAUCCUUACAAAGGCAGACAUUUGAGGAUGAAAAUAAAGCUGCAGUACGAAUCAUGGCUGGAGACAAUGUGGAAAUUUGCAUGAAUCUUGAUGCAGCAUCUUUUAGCCAGCAUAAUCCUGUUCCUGACUUCAUUCACUGCCGGUCCUACUUAGACAUGUAUAAGGUGAUAAUAUUUAGUUACCUCUUCUGGUUUGUGCUUACUAUAAUCUUCAUAACGGGAACCACGAGGAUCAGCAUAUUCUGUAUGGGCUACUUGGUAGCCUGCUUUUAUUUCCUUCUCUUUGGUGGAGAUCUGUUGCUGAAGCCCAUCAGGAGCAUUCUGCGUUACUGGGACUGGCUGAUUGCCUACAAUGUCUUCGUGAUCACAAUGAAGAACAUCCUCUCGAUAGGAGCAUGUGGCUACAUUGAAUCAUUAAUUAAGAAUAGCUGCUGGUUGAUUCAGGCAUUUAGCCUGGCUUGUACAGUUAAAGGCUACCGUAUUCCAAUGAACAACCUAGAUUGUAAACUGCCCAGUGGAGAAGCAGGAAUCAUUUGGGACAGUAUCUGCUUUGCUUUCCUGCUGCUGCAAAGAAGAGUCUUCAUGAGUUACUACUUCCUGCAUGUGGUUGCAGAUAUAAAAGCUUCUCAGAUCCUAGCAUCAAGAGGUGCUGAGCUUUUCCAGGCAACGAUUGUCAAGGCUGUAAAGGCAAGAAUUGAAGAGGAAAAAAAAUCAAUGGAUCAACUGAAAAGACAAAUGGAUCGCAUCAAAGCCAGGCAGCAAAAAUACAAAAAGGGUAAAGAGAGGAUGCUCAGCAUGACCCAGGAGUCCUCAGAGGGGCCAGAGAUUCAGAAGGUUUCUGAAGAAGAUGACGAAGGAGAAGCAGACAAAGAGAAAGCCAAGGGCAAAAAAAAGCUGUGGUGGCGGCCUUGGGUUGAUCAUGCUUCCAUGGUCAGAAGUGGAAAUUAUUAUUUGUUUGAGACGGAUAGUGAAGAGGAAGAGGAAGAGGAGAAAAAAGAAGAGGAAGAGCCUCGAAAAAAAUCUGCGUUUCAGUUUGUUUAUCAGGCCUGGAUUACUGACCCUAAAACAGCACUACGACAGAGGCACAAAGAAAAGAAAAGUUUUGGGAGAGAGAAGCGAAGGCGAAAAGGAUCUGGGGAUGGUGGUACUGAUGCAGACUGUGAAGACAGUGAAGAGGAACCUGCCAAGAAGAAAUCUGAUGGACCAGAUAACAUCAUCAAGAGGAUAUUUAAUAUCUUGAAGUUCACUUGGGUCCUUUUCCUGGCAACACUAGACAGUUUUACAGCUUGGCUUAAUUCCAUCUCAAGAGAACAUAUCGAUAUCUCCACUGUGCUAAGAAUUGAGCGCUGUAUGCUGACCAGGGAGAUUAAGAAG